GGGUCAAGCUUUAUUCGCUGCAUUAAACCAAAUCUAAGAAUGACCAGUCACCAAUUUGAAGGUGUUCAAAUCCUCUCUCAGCUUCAGUGUUCAGGCAUGGUGUCUGUUUUGGACUUGAUGCAAGGUGGUUUCCCAUCACGAGCCUCAUUCCAUGAACUUUAUAACAUGUAUAAAAAAUAUAUGCCUUCAAAACUGACCCGUCUGGAUCCGAGACUCUUCUGCAAGGCUCUCUUCAAAGCCCUUGGCUUAAAUGAACUAGAUUAUAAAUUUGGAUUAACCAAAGUGUUCUUUAGACCUGGCAAGUUUGCAGAAUUUGAUCAAAUAAUGAAGUCUGAUCCAGAUCAUCUUGCUGACUUAAUUAAACGUGUGAACCACUGGCUUAUCUGCAGCCGUUGGAAGAAGGUCCAGUGGUGUUCUUUAUCAGUUAUCAAAU